UUUCAAGUAGUAAAAAAGAACGAGAAUUAUUAAAAGGAAUUAAUUUAGAAGAGUUAGUGAACGAGCAAAUUAAAAAGUUAUUAGAACUAGUAAAAGAGUGGCAAAAUAAAGGUUUUACUUACGAAACUACUAAGGAUGAAUUAACUUUAACGACCGAAGAAGCUUUAAAUCAAGGCAAUUUAGAUUAUUUAAGAGAGCAGUUUGCUAAUUCCCAGAAAACUAAUAAUAAAACUGCUUCUCGUUACGAUAAUUUACUGGAUAAUCUAAAUAAAGAGGAAGCUGAACGACAGCGUAAAAAACAGGAAAGAGAAGUAGCUAAAAAGCAAUUGGAGGAAGCCGAAAGGAAAAGAAGAGAACAAAAACUUACUGAAAAGGAUAGAAAACUUAAAGAAGAUGAGGAAAGGCGGAAAAAAGAAAAAGAAUUAGCCGAGAAAGAAGAGCAAAAAAGGCGAGAAGCCGAGGAAGCCAGGCAAAAAGCACUCCAAGAAGAACAAGCCAGAAUUUUCUCUACUAAGUUGAAAAAUAUUGAAGAAGCCAAAAAAAGAGCUGAAGAAGCCUUAGAAAAUCAAAAAAAAGCCAAUGAAUUAGCGGAAAAGAAAAAGCGUGAUGAGAUAGAAAAGUUGGAAAAAGAAAACCAAGUUGAACAGGAAAGACUGGCUAAUCAGGCUAAACUUAUUGAGGAAGAAAAACAAAAAAAAUUGGCUGCGAUUGCUUUAGAGGAUACCGAACAACGACAGAGAAUUGAAAGAGAAGCCAAUGCUGAAAAAGCUCAAAAACAAGAAAGGCAAAUUGAAUUAGAGAAAACCCAACGAGAAAUUGCUUUACAAAAUACUUUAGCCCAAGAAUUAAGAGAACUUG